AUGCUUAGCAUAAGAAAUUUGCACGUGUCCGUCGCUGCCGGCGGCGCUGAGAUAAUCAAGGGCCUGGACCUCGAAGUUAACGCGGGAGAGGUUCACGCCAUAAUGGGCCCGAACGGCUCCGGCAAGAGCACUCUCGCCAACGUGCUCGCCGGGCGGAUCGACUACGCGGUGACGGCCGGCGACAUCCUGCUGGACGGUGAAAGCAUUGUCCCCAUGCUGGUCAGCGACAGGGCGCUCCGCGGCCUGUUUCUCGCAUUUCAGUAUCCGGCCGAAGUGCCGGGUGUGCGUCCCUGGCAGUUCCUGAAGGCUGCCAAAGAUGCGCUCGCCGAUUAUCGCGGCGAUAAGAAACUGAGCGUGCGCGCGUUUUCACGGUUGUUCGACGCGUCUGUCGAUCGCGUGAAGAUCGAUCCCGACCUCGUCAAAAGAUCGUUGAAUGAAGGGUUUUCGGGCGGAGAGAAGAAGCGCCAUGAGAUGUUGCAGUUGAUGGUCCUGGAACCGCGGCUUGCCAUACUGGAUGAAACCGACUCCGGGCUCGAUGUGGACGCGCUGCGAGUGGUCGCCGCAGGAGUCAACCAGAUGCGCCGACCCGACAGGGCGUUCGUCCUGGUUACCCACUAUCAACGGAUUCUGAAUCACAUCACACCCGACUUUGUUCACAUCCUGAUCGACGGCCGGAUCGUUCGCUCGGGCGGCGCCGAAAUGGCGCACAAAGUCGAAACUACCGGUUACGAAUCAUUCAUGCCCGGAUCCGGCGCUGCGUUAGCUGCGGGGGCAUUGCCCUUGCAGGGGCGCACCAUGGUCGUAGAUCAGCAAACCACACACGCGGCUACCCACGGCGACCGGUAUCUUGCCGACUAUCGGGCGCUGGCCGCUUCCGCAUCGCAAAAUGGCGCGUCCUGGCUUGCCCCGCUACGGGAGAGGGCUUGGGCCCAGUUCGCCCGAAUGGGUUUUCCCGUCGCGCGCCGCGGCAAUGAGGAGUGGAAGUACACCAACGUCCGCCCAGUGGAUCGGGUUCCGUUCCAGUUCGGCGCAGAGAGCGCCUCAUCGGCUGUGACCGCCGGCGAAAUCAGGGCUGCUGCGCCGUGGGACGAUUCGUGGCACACGUUGCUGUUCGUAGAUGGGAGAUACGCCGAGUCGCUUUCUUCAGCGCCCGUCGAUGGUCUGGACGUAGCCAAUUUUUCCGAUGCGGUCGGGCCGAACCGCGGCCUGCUGGAAAGUCAGAUCGGCCAACUCGCUGCGGUCGAAGACGAUGCGUUUGCGGCUCUCAAUACCGCGUUCGUGGACCACGGAGCGUUUGUGCACGUGCCGGAAGGAACAGAAUUAGACGUUCCGGUACAUAUUGCUCACGUGAACACGAAUGUUGAAGGCGAUCGGGCGGCGUACCCGAGGGCGCUGGUGGUCGCCGGCCGCGGGAGCCGACUGACGUUGAUAGAGACGUACUCCAGCCUUGGCGAAAAACGCCAGUUCACGGACAGUGUCGUCGAAAUGGUCCUGGAAGAAGGCGCUCAGGUCGAUCACUACCGGAUACUGACCGAGAACGAAAGCACGUUCCACAUCGGCGUCACACGGGUCCACCAGUCCUCGGACUCUAAUUUCCGGUCCAUCUCGUUCGCCACCGGUCCGGCAAUCGGGCGGAACGACUUACACGUCCAACUCGACGGGACCGGCGCCGAAUGUACGCUUCACGGCCUAUACAUGACGACCAAUCGCCAACACCUGGACAACCACAUCAGCACGACUCACGCCAAGCCGAACGGCACUAGUCAUCAGUUUUACAAAGGCAUCCUCGCCGGCAGAUCACGUGCGGUGUUCAGCGGCAAGGUGCUUGUCGAGCGAGACGCCCAGAAGUCGUACGCAGAUCAAAAAGACCUGAACUUGCUACUUUCCAGGCGCGCCGAGAUCGACACAAUGCCCAGCCUUGAGAUCUAUGCCGACGACGUGAAGUGUUUCCACGGGGCAACCGCCGGUCACGUGGACGAAAACGCGUUGUUCUACAUGGAGUCGCGCGGCGUGGACCGUGACACGGCUGCUGCGAUGCUCAUCAGGGGAUUUGCGUCCGAGAUCGUUGAAGAGUUCAGGCCACAGGCGUUGCGGGAAUACGUGGAACGGGCUACAGACCGGCUGCUGCCAGGGUUUUCCGCGGGCCUGCGUUAA